CCCAGGAAACUUAUAACCUCGGGAGGCAGGUCCCUCCCCUCACUGUGGCCACAUACCUCCCGAAGAGCGGACCGGACCAGCAGCUGGCUCCACCACUCAGGGCAUCUGCCUCCGUCGCCCGAUACUCCAGAACUCUCUGCUCACGACUCACCAAAAAGCCAAGAUGUUGGUGUUAUUGGCUGGUAUCUUUGUGGUCCACAUCGCCGCUGCUAUUAUGCUGUUUGUCUCCACCAUCUCCAAUGUCUGGAUGGUUUCCUCCGAUGUAUUAUCCUCUGUAGGGCUUUGGAAGAACUGUACUCAUGGUAACUGUGAUGGCUCUCUGUCCUACGGCAAUGAAGAUGCUCUCAAGGCAGUGCAAGCCUUCAUGAUCCUCUCCAUCAUCUUCUCUAUAAUCUCCCUUGUGGUCUUCGUGUUCCAGCUUUUCACCAUGGAGAAGGGAAACCGAUUCUUCCUCUCAGGGUCCACCAUGUUGGUGUGCUGGUUUUGCAUCCUGGUUGGAGUGUCUGUCUAUACUCACCAUUAUGCCCACAGCGACAGGAACUUUGCCUUUGGCGGCCACCAAGGCUAUUGUUUCAUCCUGACCUGGAUCUGUUUCUGCUUCACUUUCAUUAUUGGCAUUCUCUAUAUGGUCCUGAGGAAGAAAUAGACCGAACAAGCUCA